AUGGAUUCUCUCAGGUCAAGCCUCCGACUCGACCAGCCCCACACAGAUCCGUUGCCAUCAUUUAGUCAAGAGGUACCUGGACCACAACAAGAAGGCGCAGCGCAAGGCGCGCGACAAGCAGCUGGAGGAAGCCCGUCGCCGUUCGAGAAGAAGGAGCGCGAGCGCAAGCGCUACAGGCAGAAGCUGAAGCCGCGCAAGGAAAACGAGGUGCCCACGGCCAUGCUGCAGAACAUGGAGCUGGAGCGGAAGCGCUCCAAACUGGUCCUGCAUACGCCGCAGAUCUCUGACAUGGUGCUGCAGCAGGUCAUGCUGGGCCGCGCCAGCGAGAUGGCCAAGGAGAUAGCCGGCGAGGGCGGGAUCGAGACGACGGACGCCCUGCUGGCCGGCUACUCCAUCACGCCGCAUGUGGCGGCCACUCUGCGAACACCGGCCCCGUACACGGACCACCACAUGAAGGAGGACAGCGAUGCGAUGGAGACCAGCUCGGAGGCGACUGUCGAGGACCAGGCGGACGUAGACGCUCGGCUACUGGCCGAGCAGGAAGUGCGCCCCAAGCGGGAACUGGAGAAGCGCUCCCAGGUGAUCCAACGCAGCCGGCCGCGCCCCACGGAGCUGAACACCAAGAUCCUGCGCCAGCAAGCCGAGGAGCUAAUCAAGCGCCAGAUGAUCACCAUGCAGGCUUACGACUCUGUGAAGGAUCCCGUGCCAGUACAGUCACAGCACAAGCUGGAGCAGCUGCAGAGCUACUUCAAAGCCAACCCCUACGAGAACAUCUCGCAACUGGAGCUGGCCAGGGCCAAGCAGAAGUUCGCCGAGAAAAUGGAGGUGGUGAAGAAGCGCAUGUUACACGCUGAGCUGCACCGCUACACCCGCGCCAACCUGGCCAGUAAGAAGGACCGGCUGGAGUCGGCCGAGAAGCGGAUGAAGACGAACCGCCGCCAAAUAGCGAAGGAGGCCAAGCGUUGCGGCAAGAUCGAUAAGAAGCUCAAGAUCCUCAUCGGUGACUACCAGGCGCGCGCCAAGGUGCUGAUCAAGCAGCCACAGGACACUUACGGCCAGAUCGAGCAGAACUCGGUCGCGCUGUCCACGUUCCGCUUCCUCGGCGAGCAGUUGGCCAUCGCGGUGCCGCGCCGCUUCGAGUCGCUGCAGGAGGAAGUGCGUCAGCAGAUGGACCGCGAGAAGGAGCUGCAGCAGAAGUACGCCAGCCUGGUGGUGGAAAAGGCCCUCUACUCGCAGCUCGAGCAAAUAACGGGCCAGCAACUCUUGCCCGAGCAGGAAUCAUAG